UAUAGAGCAUAAAAAAAUGUGGUGAUUGUCAUUGAUUGUCAUUUUAUUUUUAUCGUCUAUUUAUUUAUUAAGUUGACCGACAAUUGAAAAAUUAACAUGUGAUUUCAGUGACAAGAAAGACCAUCGAAAACCAAUAUGGAUCCUGAUGCUAUAAAAAAUGUUCGACAUCAAUAUGCACAAAAGACAACAUUUAGAGAUAAAUUUAAAGUGGUAUGGGAUAACACAGCUCAAUAUAAUGACAUGAAUACUGGUAAUACUAAAAAAAUAGUAAGUCACUCAAUACUCUGGAAAAAAGUUGGGAACAAAGAAUUUACUGCUGCAAAAAAAGAAAAUUAUUUGCGCAAAUCAAUUGAAGCAUACACCAAGAGUAUUGCUUUUGCACCAGUUGGAUCCAGUGAAUUAUCAUUGGCUUAUGCAAAUCGUUCAGCUGUAUUGUUCAGGGCAAGACUCUAUGAAGAUUGUUUACUUGACAGCUAGAACCGUUCAAAUUGAAAAUAGGCUAUCCAGAUAAAUUAAAAACAAAAUUAUUUUUACGCCAAUCAUUGUGUUUCAGAGCAUUGAAACCAAACUCAGAACUUGAACCAAGUAUUUCAAUGGCUAAUGCAAUGCAAUGGCUUCCUGAUUUAAAGAUGAACAAUCCAAAAUACGACAUCAUCAAAGAGUAUCCAAAGAUGAUCAAUGAUCUUAAAGAACCACGUAAAAUUAUUAAAUUAAUACCAGAAAUAAAAAAUGAUAAUGCAAUAAUAGUUAGUGCAUCUGAUGCCAUUGAAUUAAAACAAACUAACGAGAAUAAUCAACAAGUUGUUGCAACAAGAGACAUUAAAUCUGGUGAAUUUAUUUACAUUUCUGAGCCAUUUGCAGCAACUCCUGGUGUUGAAUUACGUUUUACUAAUUGUUGGCAUUGUUGUCGUUCAACUUGGGCUGGUAUACCAUGUGAUAAUUGUUCAGCUAUCAUAUAUUGUUCCGAUAUAUGUAAAAAAAAAGCAUGGGAUAGUUAUCAUUAUACUGAAUGUUUAGUAUUGGGAGAACUUUUCCAACAUCCCAAUAUACCUACAUCGUUGAUUCUGCCAGUAAAACUCUUUUUGAAAACAUUAAACUUAGCUGGUGGUUUGCUUGAAUUAAAAAAAAAAGUUGACGAUAUUGACUCGAUGAAAAAUCAAGGAUCGAUAUUGACCAAUGGUAUUCUUGAUGUUAACACGGUUUCUAAUGUUCAUCUUUUAGAUUAUUUUAAACCAACAUCAAAUAUUUGUCGUUUUGAAAUAGCAUUACUUCUGGUAACGAUUGUUUCAACCCUUUGUCAAAAAACAGAUAUAUUAGGUAAAAAAAUGACAGCUAAAUAUUUGGUUGAAAAUAAAAAUGAAAAAGUAUUAAUUUUAGGAGAAUUAAUAUUGCGUUAUAUGAUGAUUGUCUUUCGCAGCGGUGAAGUGACGAUGAAAAAAAAAUCUCGUAGUAAUGUUGUGUUAUCAAAUACCAUUCUACCAUUUUCGAAGAUAAUAAAACGAAGCUGUGAUCCCAAUGUCUACUGGACUCAUGUUGGUUCAAACGUUGGAUAUUAUGCUUGCAAACCAAUCAAGCAAGGAGAACUGCUAUUUUUGAGUACUACUGAUACAUAUCAUAUGACUCCAAAAAGUGAACGGUAUGCACGAUUGGGACCAUGCCAAUGUAAAGCAUGUGUUGGAAAUUGGCCAACUGUGGAACAUCUUCCGUCCUACCAGAGUCUUGCAAUUAUAUUACCGACAACAAUCAAUAGAGAAUUGAAUUGCUUGAACGUAAAAUUCGAAGAAUGGCAGAAGCUUAUCCGGCAGGGAGAUACUAAAAAGUUACCAACAAUUAAGGAUGAGUUGAAUAGCAUGAAUGACAUGAUUCAUCAAUACAUCACUGUUCCUUGUCGAGAAAUAUCAAUAUUGUAUUCAUUUCUCGAAAUGUUGUACAGACGACUACAUUUUGAUCAUGAUAUUUACGAGUAAUUAUUUUUCAUAAAAAAAAAAAAAAACAACGCAACAUUUCUAAUUCAUAUAUCUUUUUACAUCAAUGUUUAUUUUUAAUACAUUUAUAGCAAAAAAAGUAAACAAUUGAAAACAUUAUUAAUUGAGACUUGAGUUCGAAGGUAAAAACAAAAAAAAAUUUCAUCAUUAGACUUGUCUAAUUUAGAUUUUUUAAAAUAUUUAUAACUUUUAUGGUUGAUUUUUGAAUUCAAUUAAUUCAUGAGGUUUUUGGAUUAUUCUUUUUAUUUUCUUAUUAUUUUUUUUUUAUUCAAUUUGAGGAAUUUUUGGUUUUUUUAUUUAGUUGUAAUUCAAGAAUUUUCAAUUGGUAUUCAUAAAAAAUAAAUAAUUAAAAGUUGUCUUCUUUUUUUUUUGUUCUUUUUUCCAGUAUUCAAAACUGCAUAAAUAAAACCAGUUUUUUCUUUCUUUUUAAAAUCAUUUUUUAUCAUUUAUUAUUUUUUUUAAUUUAAUCCCAAAAACAAGAAAAAAAAGUAAUGUAAUUGAUAUUAAAAAAUAAAAUCAGGAAUUUGUGUGAAUUUUUAAUUUGCAACAAUUGCUAUGGACCUAGAGACUUUUUAAAUAAUUUAUGUUACGAUAAAUGUAAAUUUUAAUCGCGAAUUUAUAACGAUAUAUUAUUUUUUUUUUUUAUUUUAUAGUUUUCAUUUAAGGAAUAAAAAAAAAAUUAUCAAAUGAA